UGCCGUGGAGUCCGGCCCGAGCGCAGGGGCGGGGGCCGGGGAAGGGGGCGGGAGCCGCGGGCAGAGUCUCAGGAGUCGCGGGCUGCGGCGGGCGCGGGAUCGCGCGGGCGCACGCGGGCCGGGCCGGGAUGAGCGAUGGCCUCGGUCAAGGUGGCCGUGAGGGUCCGGCCCAUGAAUCGCAGGGAAAAGGACUUGGAAGCCAAAUUCAUUAUUCAAAUGGAGAAAAGCAAAACGACCAUCACAAACUUAAAGAUACCAGAAGGAGGGACUGGGGACUCAGGAAGAGAGCGGACCAAGACCUUCACCUACGACUUUUCUUUUUAUUCUGCUGAUACAGAAAGUCCAGAUUAUGUUUCUCAAGAAAUGGUUUUCAAAACCCUUGGCACAGAUGUCGUGAAGUCUGCGUUCGAAGGUUAUAACGCUUGUGUCUUUGCAUACGGGCAGACCGGAUCAGGAAAGUCAUACACUAUGAUGGGAGACUCUGGCGAUUCUGGCUUAAUACCCCGGAUCUGCGAAGGGCUCUUCAGUCAGAUAAAUGAAACCACCAGAUGGGAUGAGGCGUCUUUUCGAACUGAAGUCAGCUACUUAGAAAUUUAUAAUGAACGUGUGAGAGAUCUUCUUAGGCGGAAGUCAUCCAAAACCUUCAAUCUAAGAGUCCGUGAGCAUCCAAAAGAGGGGCCUUAUGUGGAAGAUUUAUCCAAACACUUAGUUCAGAAUUACGGUGAUGUUGAAGAGCUUAUGGACGCAGGAAACAUCAACCGGACCACCGCCGCCACCGGGAUGAAUGACGUCAGCAGCCGGUCUCACGCCAUCUUCACCAUCAAGUUCACGCAGGCCAAAUUUGAUUCUGAAAUGCCGUCUGAAACCGUGAGUAAGAUCCACUUGGUCGAUCUUGCGGGAAGUGAGCGGGCGGACGCCACUGGUGCCACCGGGGUCCGGCUGAAGGAAGGGGGCAACAUCAACAAGUCCCUUGUGACGCUGGGAAACGUCAUUUCUGCCUUAGCUGAUUUAUCUCAGGAUGCAUCAAACCCUCUAGUAAAGAAGAAGCAAGUUUUUGUGCCUUACAGGGAUUCUGUUUUGACUUGGUUGUUGAAAGACAGCCUCGGCGGAAACUCUAAAACUAUCAUGAUAGCCACCAUUUCACCUGCUGAUGUCAAUUACGGAGAAACCCUAAGUACUCUUCGCUAUGCAAAUAGAGCCAAAAACAUCAUCAACAAGCCUACCAUUAAUGAGGAUGCCAACGUCAAGCUCAUCCGUGAACUGCGAGCCGAAAUAGCCAGACUGAAGACGCUGCUUGCCCAGGGGAAUCAGAUUGCCCUCCUGGACUCCCCCACAGCCUUAAGUAUGGAGGAGAAACUUCAGCAGAAUGAAGCCAGAGUUCAAGAAUUGACCAAGGAAUGGACAAAUAAGUGGAACGAAACCCAAAAUAUUUUGAAAGAGCAGACUCUGGCCCUAAGGAAGGAAGGGAUUGGGGUUGUUUUGGACUCCGAGCUGCCCCAUCUGAUCGGCAUCUAUGACGACCUUCUGAGCACUGGCAUGAUCCUGUAUCACUUGAAGGAAGGUCAGACACAUGUCGGCAGAGAAGAUGCUUCGACAGAACAAGAUAUCGUUCUUCACGGCCUCGACUUGGAGAGUGAGCACUGCAUCUUUGAGAAUGUUGGGGGGACGGUGACGCUGAUCCCCCUGAGUGGGUCCCAGUGCUCUGUGAACGGUGUUCAGAUCACGGAGGCCACACACCUCAAUCAAGGUGCCAUGAUCCUCUUGGGAAGAACCAACAUGUUUCGUUUUAACCACCCAAAGGAGGCCGCCAAGCUCAGGGAGAAGAGGAAGAGCGGCCUUCUGUCCUCUCUCAGCUUGUCCAUGAGCGACCUGUCCAAGUCCCGCGAGAACCUCUCCGCCGUCAUGCUGUACAACCCAGGUUUUUUCCCUAUAAAAGGACCCAUUUGUCUAAGACUUGAAUUUGAGCGGCAGCAGCGUGAAGAGCUUGAGAAAUUAGAAAGUAAAAGAAAACUCAUAGAAGAGAUGGAGGAGAAGCAGAAGUCCGACAAGGCGGCGCUGGAGCGGAUGCAACAGGAGGUGGAGACGCAGCGCCAGGAGACGGAGAUGGCGCAGCGGCAGAUCCGCAAGCAGGAGGAGAGCCUCAAACGGCGCAGCUCGCACCUGGAGAGCACCCUCAAGGACCUGCUGGCCGAGAAGGAGCGCUUCGAGGAGGCGAGGCAGCGGGAGCAGCAGGAGACGGAGCUUCAGAAGAAGAAGCAGGAGGAGGAACGCUUCCUGCGUGUCCAGGAGGAGCUCCAGCGCCUGCAGGAACUCAACAGCCACGAGAAGGCCGAGAAGGUUCAGAUAUUUCAGGAGCUGGAGCGACUCAAGAGGGAAAAGGAGGAGCAGUACGCCAAGCUGGAGCAGGAGAAGCAGCGGCUGGAGGAGCAGGAGCGGGAGCAGGUCCUGCGCGUGGCGCAGCUGGAGGCGCAGCUCCGCGCGAAGCAGCAGCUGCUGCAGCCGCCACGGCGCGGAGAGGCACAGCGCGCAGCCGAGGAGCGCCGGCACCUGGAGGGCAUCCGCACCGCCCUCCUGCAAGCCAGGGAGGCCGGGGCCGAGGCGGGCGGCGACGGCCCGGAGCUCGAGCAGGCGCAGCUGCGGUUCUUAGAGUUCAAGCGAAGGCAGCUGGCCACGCUGGCCAACAUGGAGAAGGACCUGUUGCAGCAGAAGGACCUCCUGAAACGGGAGGUGGAGGAGGACCGGGAAUUCCUCCGCGAGCGCUUACCAUCUGACAGCCAGGAAGAAUUGAGGGGGUCGGAAAAGGAGGAGGAGGGCGGCGCGGACGUCCUCUGGGCGGCCGGAGCGGUGGAGGGGACGCAGCCGGCGGAGGGCAGGCUGCAGUGUAAGAAGCGUCAGCUCCAGGACCUCCUGCAGCAGCAUUUGCCCAGGCUGUCAGAGGAGAAGCAGAGAGUCCGUGAGAUCCUUGAUCGAGGUCCUCUCGACCUGGACAACACUCUCUACCUAGUGGAGAAAGAGAUGGAAGAAAAGGAAGAGCAGCUCGCGCAGUACCAGGCCAGCGCCAGCCAGCUGCAGAAACUGCAGGCCACCUUCGAGUUCACGGCCAACGUGGCCCGGCAAGAGGAGAAGGUGAGGCGGAAGGAGAAGGAGAUCCUGGAGUCCCGAGAGCAGCAGCAGCGCGAGGCGCUGGAGCGUGCGGUGGCGGGGCUGGAGAGGAGGCACUCCGCGCUGCAGAGGCGCUGCGCACAGGCCGCUGGCGGCGAGCAGGCCGUGCAGGAAGCCCUGGAGAAGGACCGGGAGAGGUUAGAACAUGAAAUCCAGCAGUUGAAGCUGAAGAUCUGUGAGGUUGAUGGUGUUCAAAAAGGGCAUCGUGGGACCUUAGAGGGAAAGCCUGCUGCUUCCAGCUUCCCAUGCAGUGCAGAAAAAUCUCACCCGGUCGCUCUGAUGGAUGAGAGGAUCAGUGCGUACAUUGAAGAGGAGGUCCAGAGGCGCCUUCAGGGUCUGCACCGCGUGGUCGGUGAUGGCCGUCAUGAACCUGCGGACACCGUGAAGGAUAAUGAGAAACUCCACAAUGGCACCAUUCAACGUAAGCUAAAAUAUGAGCGGAUGGUUUCGCGCUCUUUGGGAGCAAAUCCAGAUGACCUGAAGGACCCCAUCAAAAUCAGUAUCCCCCGCUAUGUUCUCUGCGGCCAAGGGAAGGACGAGCACUUCGAGUUUGAGGUCAAGAUCACUGUCCUGGAUGAGACGUGGACCGUGUUCAGACGUUACAGUCGUUUCCGGGAAAUGCAUAAAACACUGAAACUGAAGCAUGCAGAGCUCGCGACCCUUGAAUUCCCUCCAAAGAAACUAUUUGGAAACAAGGAUGAACGUGUGAUUGCUGAGAGGCGAAGUCAAUUAGAGGUGAAAACAUUAAGUCUUGGGGAGGAUAAAGAAGGUUGUACAGCCAGUGAGUGGCAAAGCCUCAGUCUACGCUAAAGUGUCUUCAGGGCAGGCACCUCCUCUUAACCCUCACACACUCUGAGUCUGAGGUGAAGCUGGGUCUGCCACACACUUUGUUCUGGAAUGUCCGUCAGACUUCACUUCCACCUCUUUAAGACCCUUGUUACGCUCUCACUUGUAUCAAAAGGUAUGUUUAUGUCUCAGAUUUCCCCUGUUGUACUCCAGUUACUUGAAGACAGCAGAAUCGACAUCUAAUGGAAUUCUCAGUCUCCCAUGAUACUUUACAUGCCUCACUUUCUCUGAAUUCUCAGAAAAUCUGCCUAUAUUAUCUCCAGUAGAUGAGUUUUUGUUUUGUUUUUGUUGACUGAUGAGAGGUGCAUUUUGGGUCACUAAUUGCAGAAAAUGUUACCAUCUAACUUGAAACAUUUCCACUAAUCAUCUUAUAGUCUGUCAUUCCAAGGAGUAACUCUAAUUAAUGAAAACAAGGGAAUCUUCUAAAAUAAUAAAGUUUUCGAGAAUAAAACCACCACCUUUGGAGACAGGUGCUCCAAUUUCACCUUUGGAGAAAUUUCUCGGACGUUUUCUUGAAAGUACUGGAGCAGUCAGGCUUCCCAGGCAGCUCAGUAGAAAAGAAUCCACCUGCCAAGCAGUCGACUCAGGUUUGAUCCCUGAUAUGGGAAGAUCCCCUGGAGAAUGAAAUGGUGACUCACUCCAGUACGCUUGCCUGGGAAAUCCCAUGGAUGGAAGAGUCUGGUGGGUCAUAGUCCAUGGGGUUUAAUCCACAAAAUGGUAAUACUAAUAAUACCCACUUUGUAGAGUGGUUGUGAAGGUUAAAUGAGAAUACAUGCAAAAUCCUUGGAUAGGUACCAGGUACAUAGCCGACCCUAGAAAUUCUUCUGUUAAAAAUUGCUACUUUCCAAUUGUCAUAUGACUUAGAGUUGACUUUUAAAAUUAAACAAAGUUCUAAUUAAUGCAAUAAGAUAAGGACAUAAAAGAUUAUUCAGAUUCAGAAGGGAGAAAUAAAGCUCUUACAAAUGACAUGAUUGUCUCUAUAGAAAAUCCAAAAUAACUGACAAGAAAUCUCCUGAAACUGAUAAGCAAUUAUGACAAGAUCGCAGGAUACAAGCACAAUCACUUUCCUAUAUACCAGCAAUGAAACAUUGGAAUUGAAAUUAAGAACAUAAUAGAAUGUACAUUAGGGCCCCAAAUUAAAUACUUAGGUAAAAAUUCAAUAGACUGUGUAUAAGAUCUAUAUGAAGAGAACUAUAAAAACUCUGAUGAAAGAAAUCAAAGCACUAAACCAAUGAAGAUAUAGUCCAUGUUUAUGGAUAGGAAGACUCAAUAGUAUCAAGAUAUCAGGUCUUCCAACUUGGUCUGUGGAUUCACUGCAAUCCCUCAGCAAGUUAUUUGUGGAUAUGGACAAAUUGCUUCUCAAGUCUGUAUGGAGAACCAAAGGACCCAGGAUAGCUGGUAUAAUACUGAAGGAGAAAAAGUUGGAGAACUGACACUACCCAGGCUUCAAAAGCUACAGUAAUCCAGACUGUUUGUAAAAUGCAAAACUAAAACUCCUAGAAGAUAAUGUAGGAGGAAACUUAGAUGACCUUGGGUAUGACAGUGAUUUUUCAGAUACAGCAUCAAAGACACAAUCCAUGAAAGAAGCAGUUGAUAAGCUGGACUUUACUAAAACUGAAAAUUUCUGCUGUACAGAAGACAAUGCCAAGAGAAUGAAAAUACCAACCUCAUACUGGGGAAAAAAUAUCUGCAAAAGACACAUCUGAUAAAAGACUCAUCCAAAACAUACAAUGAACUUUUAAAACUCAACAAUAAGAAAAUGGAAAAACCCAAUUAAAAAUCAGGUAGAAGAUCUGAACAGGCACAUCACCAAA